AUGAGUUUAAAACCCUUCACCUACCCGUUUCCAGAGACAAGAUUUCUUCAUUCAGGAUCCAGUGUAUAUAAAUUCAAAAUCAGAUAUGGUGACAGCAUCAGAGGGGAAGAUAUAGAAAAUAAGGAAGUCAUCGUCCAGGAGCUGGAGGAUUCUAUUCGUGUGGUCCUAGGAAAUUUGGACAGUCUGCAGCCAUUUGCUACAGAACACUUCGUUGUAUUUCCCUAUAAAAGCAAAUGGGAGAGAGUGUCCCACUUGAAAUUCAAACAUGGCGAAAUCGUGUUGAUCCCCUAUCCAUUUGUUUUGACACUGUACGUAGAGCUGAAAUGGUUUAAUGAAAACCUGUCAACUGGGAAACCAAUAGAUGACAGUCCCCUUGGAUUGGUCCCUGCUGAGAGGAAGGCAGCAAGAGCCAUGAAGAAGAAACGAAAGCGCAUGGAAUUGUCUGUCUCUCCCAGCAGACCAGGGCUGGACAGGGCCAAGAUGAGGACUUCUAGCCAAGGUCCCAGCAAAAAGAAGUUCCUCAUGGAAACCAGCAGGAACAUGGAAAGAAACACCCAGCAGAAAUGUCAGGAGACUCCAGCAUUUGAUGGCACUGAUGUCCAGGAACAGGGUUCUAGGUGGGAGGACAACCUAGCGGGGGAGAUCACCCCGCCAGUGCAGCAAAGCAAUCCGCCUCCACCUGCAGGACCCACAGACCUGGGGACCAGUGGCUUCUUUGGGUUUUUGAGCUCUCUCUUCCCGUUCCGGUAUUUCUUCAGAAAGAGCAGCCAGUGA